AUGUGUGUGCGCGUGUGUGUGCGCGUGUGCCUGUGUGUGCGCAUGAGUGUGUAUGUGCGCGUGUUUGUGCGUUUGUGUACACGGCUGGCAGAGCUGAUCCACUGCUUGUCAGGGGGCUACGACAGCAUAUUCUCCCUGUGUGAUGACUAUGACCCUGGGAAGAGGGAGUUUUACUUUGACAGAGACCCAGAUGCUUUCAGAUGCAUCAUGGACGUGUACUUCUUCGGGGAGAUCCACAUGAAGAAAGGAAUAUGCCCCAUAUGUUUCAAGAACGAAAUGGAAUUCUGGAAAGUAGAUCUGAAGUUUUUGGACGAUUGCUGCAAAACUCACCUAAGUGAAAAAAAGGAGGAGCUGGAAGAAAUAGCCCGGAGGGUGCAGCUGAUUCUGGAUGACCUGGGAGUGGAUGCCUCGGAAAGUCGCUGGAAAAGGUGCCAAAAGUACAUCUGGAAAUUUCUGGAGAAGCCAGAAUCAUCCUACCCAGCUCGAGUGAUCGCCGUCCUGUCCUUCUUGUUUAUUCUGACCUCUUCCAUCGUGAUGUGUGUGGGGACCAUCCCAGACCUGCAGGUCGUGGACAAGGAGGGGAAACGUGUAGAGCACCCGACCCUGGACAACAUCGAGACAGCCUGCAUAGGCUGGUUCACCGUGGAGUACGUGCUGAGGUUCCUCUCCUCUCCCAACAAACUCCACUUCGCCGUGUCCUUCAUGAACAUCGUUGACGUGCUGGCAAUCCUGCCGUUCUACGUCAGCCUGACCCUGACCCACCUGGGGGCCAGGCUGAUGGAGCUGAGCAAGGUGCAGCAGGCGGUGCAGGCGCUGCGCAUCAUGCGCGUGGCGCGGAUCUUCAAGCUGGCGCGGCACUCCUCGGGGCUGCAGACCCUCACCUACGCCCUGAAGCGCAGCUUCAAGGAGCUCGGGCUGCUCCUCAUGUACUUGGCCGUCGGCAUCUUUGUCUUUUCCGCCCUGGGUUACACCAUGGAGCAAAGCCACCCCGAAACGCUCUUUAAAAGCAUCCCUCAGUCGUUCUGGUGGGCGAUCAUCACCAUGACCACCGUGGGCUACGGGGACAUCUACCCUAAAACAACCCUGGGGAAGCUGAACGCUGCCAUCAGCUUUCUCUGCGGGGUGAUAGCGAUUGCCCUCCCCAUCCACCCCAUCAUUAACAACUUUGUCAGGUAUUACAACAAGCAGAGAGUUUUAGAAACAGCUGCCAAGCAUGAACUGGAGCUGAUGGAACUGAACUCAGCCGAGGGGAAAGCUGCAGGCUCCAAAAGUGAGGCAGAGGGUCUUGUGAGGGAAGGCAAAGAGGGUCCUUUUUACAGCAGCCGGCUAAAAGUCUCCCACAGUGACACCUUUAUUCAUCUUCUGUCAGGAGAGAAACACUACAGGACCAGGCUUCAAAGCUGCAAAUAAACUGUGAGCUGCUGUCAGUCCUAAGCUCUGGAUCGGGACAACCUGGCAAUCAACUGUGGAAAAGACUUCUGGGAUCUGUCAGAGUCAGGAGGGAGCACUGCUUUGCUUUUCCAGCCUGAAUGUAGAUUAAUCCCAUGGUAUCUCCAUCAACAGUUGGUAAGACUUUGCUGUUAUUACCCAAAAUAAGAUAGUUGGACUCCAUUGAGAUCAGACUGCUUAGAAUGAGUGUGUUCCAGCAAAAACCAUUUGUAACCAUUUUAGAGACUGAAAAGUCCUUCCUGAACUGCAGAUGUUCAAUAACCUGAAUGUGCAGCACUACCACAUCAGAACCCUGUACCUGUGACAAUAAAGAGCAGCAUUGCACAGCUCGUG